AUGUCUGAGCCUAGAGGCAUACUUAGGAACAAAGAAGAAGGGCGUCGUCGGUCGCUGGCAAACGAGGGUGAUCUUGACAGAAGCGAAGUAAUAAGAAACACCCGCCUCAACGCACAAUUGAGCGCUGAGUCUUCAAAAGGUGAACGGAUUAGAGCGAAGAUCGCUGAGGCCAAGGGAGCAAAUGGUGAUUCGAAAACACCAGAGCAUUUGAAGUGGGAUGAAAUCAACCUAUACAAAACUGAACAGGAAAAAGCUGCUACAAUGAAGAUCGACGAGCCCAAGACGCCGUAUGAGGGCGGCUUCAAUCCAGAGGGUGAGUACUACCAGAGUGAUGAUGAAGAAGACGAAGCCAUUCCUGCCUUUUCCCUUGGCGAAGGUCAAUUUGAUGCCACAUCCAGUAAACCGGAAGGUGAAGACCGAAUAGUAAGAGAUGAAAACGCAGUCGAGGAAAAUGAGGAAGAGGAGGAGGAAGAGUCGAAACCAUUAUCUGCCGAAGAAAGACAUAAAAAGUUCGAAGAAAUGCGCAAGGCUCAUUACCAUCUAGCUGCCAACCCGCUCAAGCACAGAAUCGCGGUCUCUGACGACGAAGAUGAUGAAGCGGAGGACGACAAGAAGGAUAAAUAG